AUGGCUACCAACGAGAUCGCUGCUGUUGUUGAUCUGUGCGCACUUGAGCUGCGUCAAAUUGGAGAUGGACUUUACUGGAGAUACAAACUGCUGGAAAUACUGAUCAAGAACUACAAGACUGUCACUAAAAUCAAGUGAGACAUGACGUGAAAGCACAUCAAGAUGAAUCAGAUAUUGCUAAAAAAAAAAAAAAAAAAGCUUUCAGAGACAAAGCAGAAGAGUCUUGGAUUUAGACAAAAUGCUGGCUCUCAAGUGGGAUGUACAUAAGUCAGUGGACUCUUGUCUGUGAACUCCUGCCAGUUGACCUGUUCCUGUGGACUCAUGUCAGUUGACCCCUGCCAGUGGACUCUGGUCUGUGGACUGUCAGCGGACCCCUAUCAUACACAAAAGUGGUGCCCAGAUGUGUUGGAUACUGCUGAUCCACCUGUGGGUGACUGGACCAAAGAGGAGUAUCUGAAUGGAAGUUUUCUGCUGAAGAUGCUAAUUGUCACAUGUACUGUAUAUACAUUCUACUGUAUAUGUGGAUUAUUAUGCAUGUUAUGCUCUGUAAGGCUGUCACAAUUAUGUUAACCGAAGACUUGGGAGAAUUGUGACUUGGGCAUAUUUACUCAAACAUUCUUAAAAAAUGUUUUUCUAAUGGGAAAUAUUUCAUGAGUUGUUAAUAAAAUAUGCAUAUUCAGUCUAGUA